AUGACUUCUUGCGACCAAGACUUUGUGGAACUGAUCGAAGCGGCAAUUCGUCAGGAUAGGUGGGCACUCAAAGUUUUCGAUUCAUGGGGCAAACCUUUACCAUCAGGUUUACUUGUUGGAAAUUUCUUUUGGAUCGGAAAUUAUGACGAAUGCAUACAACCAAUAUAUUCACCUGAGAGUAAAACGUUCGUAAAACAACCUUUCGAUACUCUCCAUUGUACACUCUUCCCGGAGUCCGAAAUAUCACAAAUGAAUUUAACUGAAAAUAUUGUUCUUGGCUUGUGUGUACCGGCGUCGUGUGAUCGCAAAGCAGUAGCUUCUCUAAUUCGAGAACUAUUCAAGAAGAGCAAUGUCAGUGAUGAACAAAUUGUCUGUUCGAAUGAACAGAAAAAUCUAUCUACUGGACCAGUGGCUACCUGCUUCGUACUUGCGUUACUUGGCAUUCUGGUACUUAUCGGCACAAUUGUUCAUCUAGUACUUGCUGCUAAUCGUAAUUCCAUUGCUCGCUUAACUUCACAUAUCAAUAUACCAUUUUUCUUUGAUGAAACAUGUCGAGACGAAGUUUAA